AUGAUCGACCUCGACGACCCGAAUGUUAAAAAACACGUCGACCAAAAGCGCCGAUUGCGCGACGCGCACGUGAAGGCGUCGUCGACCUCCACGUCCGAGGCGUGCGCGGUGCGCGGCGUCGCUCCUGGGAACCGCGCGGUGAAGAAAUUCAUCGUUCUGGACCUGGGACGCCCGAUUCCGCUCGAACACGACCCGUGGACGUCGGGAGACGCGUUCGAGAUCGAGUUCGAGCACCAGGGUGCCGUGGUGCGACGCUCGUUGGGGGAGUUGAGGAGCGCGAACGGUGGGAAGUGGACGGAGUUUGAGUUGCGGGCGUGGAACUGCGUCACGGGAUGGUCGUUCGCGGACGGAUUAAAGUUCAAUGGCGUUGGCUUAGACGUGGUACUGAGGUGUGCGUUCGGUGAGAAUUUAAAGUUUGAGUGUCUGUUUCAGACAGGCGCGGAUGGGUACACGACGAGCGUGGACGCGAGGGAUUUGGACGGCGCGUUUUUGGCGGUGACGGAUGAGAGUGGAGAGAUGGUCUCUCGAGAGCACGGCGGGCCGAGACUCGUGUUUCCGACGUUGUUCGGUUGGAAAUCAGCGAAGUAUUUAAAGAGUGUGACGCUGCGAGCGUACGAGGGUGGAUUUUGGGAGAAGUUGGGAUGUCAUCGUCGCGGACGUUGGGCGCUCGAUGAACGAUGGGCGAGCGGGACGUCGUCGCGCGUUUGGACGGCUCUAGCUUGGCUCACGAAUCGCUAUCAAAUCUUCGGCGAUGGGAUUUGGAUUUGGGUCAUGGUGGUCGGCGGCAAGGUCCUCGGCGCCAUCGCGUCGUUCACAUCGUUGUUCUCUAUAGGAAAUAGGAAUAGAAAGUUGCAAUGA